AUGGCGUCUCUUGCCGCCGAAAUUGAAGACCUGCGGCGCCAGCUCGAAGAGGCGACGCGAGGCCAGGAGCAAGAGAAACGACGAGCUGAUGAAGCGACACAGCGAGCCGAGCAGCUCGCGGCGGAUCAGUCGCCAACGACGCUGUUGGUUUACCUUCAAUAUGUCAAGGAAAAGCUCUUGUCUACCUUCUCAAUCGAACCUGACCCUACUAAAACGGCCUCGGGAUCGGUUACAGAUGUUCGAGCGAAAUACUAUCCACUACGACUCCGUCCAUGGGCGGAUUUUAACCAAAUCCACGAUCGCACUUUCAACCAGUUGACUCUGGCGUUUUCCGACGCUCAUCUUUUCCCCUCCAAAACAGAUGUACAGGGGGUUGAGCGAGACCUGUCUCCAACAACGAGAAAGGACGAACAAGAUAUUCGACCAUUUGUUCGAAGUGCUAUAGAGAAACCUGCUCAGCGUCUAGUUCAGGCAUAUCUCAAACAGGUCAAAGAUACCCGGACGGCCGACUUCUUCUUCCAGAAUAACGCUUACAGCCUUUCCAACAAGGAUAUCACGGACACCGCCGAUGCCUACGGAGACGAGGCUCCUCCUAGCAAGAGGAGAUCGCCGGAACGGACGGUUAAAGGAGUCCCGGAUCGCUGGGGAAUCCGUGUACGCCCGAGUGGGGAUCAUGUCACGAUCUUUGUGGGUGAAUAUAAAGCCGCCCAUAAGAUGCGCCAUGGCACUUUCAAACGUGUGUUCUCCUCUGCAAAGGAGGAUCUGUUCUUGGACACGCUAAAGCGACUCUCCCUUCCAUUUGUUGAUACAGCCAAGGAGCAGGCUGUAGUGGCCCAGGUGCUAUGCCAAACAUUCCACUACAUGAUUACUACCGGCCUUAAAUACGGGUAUCUUACGUCUGGAGAGGGCCUUGUGUUUCUGAUGCUUGAUGAAAACGACCCGCAAACACUAUAUUACCACCUAAACUCAGUGCCUGAUUGCGAUCAUCAGGCCGAUGACUUCGAUAUAAUAUAUAGCCCAGCCUCGCAGCUGUCAACCUUUGUGUUGUUGUCACUUGAGUCAGAACAGCAAACUGCCCAAUGGAUACAGAUGGCUCAGUCCAAACUCUACCAGUGGCCGCUUUUACCUGGUCCACCGCGCCUGGAGAUUCCAUGCCGCAAUGCUGAUUUCGAAAAAUUAGACACUAGCAGCAGUGAUGAAGGACGCAAAGAUACAGACGGUGAUUACCGACCUCGACCGCCGCCUCGUAAGCAGCAAUCUUCUUCCAAAAGUACAGAAAAUAUCGAAACGAAGAGGCGUCAGUCCUCAAGGACGCAGCAAAGAACCCAACGCCCUACCCUCCCAUAUUGCACACAAGCCUGUCUCCUUGGGCUUUCGCAGGGGCACUCCCUAGAUCAGUCCUGUCCCAAUACUGCUAUCCACCAACGAGGGGCGUCUUCUCUUAAUCAUCUUAUUUCAAAAGAAAAGCUCUGCACCCUUGUCAGAGACCAGCUUGCGCGCAAUCUUGAUGAAAACUGUGAAUGCCUUGAUCAAAAGGGGCUGUUUGGUGCAGUCGGUGUGCUAUUAAAGAUCACUCUGACUGGCUAUGGCUAUACCUUUGUUGCCAAAGGGGUUCAGGCUGUGGAUGAACCAUUGCUUUCCAACGAAGCUUGCGUCUACACCCAUUUGGCCAAGUUUCAAGGAAUAACAAUACCUGUGCACCUUGGUAAUAUCAAGCUUGUGCACACAUAUCCUCUUGUUAGCUGUGCAACUGUUACAUCUAUGAUGCUGAUGUCAUGGGCUGGUAAUGAUCUACACGCCAAAGACUAUGGGCCUAAUGUGAAUAUUGAAGCUCAGACGCAGCGAUCAAUGCAGGAGUUGUUUGACGCAGGCCUUAGACACUAUGAUGUGCGGGAUGCCAAUUUGAUUUGGAAUCAGGAGCGACAACGGGUAAUGGUGAUUGAUUUUGAUCAGUCUUCCAUUCAGUCUCCACCUUCCCGGCGGAAGAGGGCACGUAAACAUGGAUCUAGCCCUGAACUAACGGUGAAACGGACAAGAGUGGACAAGGAGAACUUGGAUGCUAGCAAUAUUCCUGAGUAG